AUUUGAACACCUUAAAGAAACCUGGCUGGGGAUUUUUAAUAAGAUAGGAUAGCUUGAAACUAGCUUUAUGUGAGGACAACAAGACAUCAACCUACCUCUCACUUACUUCCAUUCUACCAAUUAUUUGAUGCAGUCCGUACGCGUAUCAUAUUCAUCAAACCUUACAUAAAGCUUUGAUUAAUUUUUUUCAAGAUCAUCACUUCGAAGUUCCAUCAAAAAUUAUUAUUGUUUUUGUCAAAAUAUCUGCAUUUUCAAGCUUCAAAAGUUUACUCCCGAUCGAUAUCUAUCAACUUCUCGAAUCCGCGCGAUACUACUAUAACACCACUAUUGAACCCUGGUCAAAAUUAUUCAACUUUCGGGAAGCUCAGCCAGUAUUCAAAAACUACCAUCAAGAAACGAAAACCAGAAACCUAGGAUCGAUCAUCCUAAUUCCCGUCUAUCAGUAGAAUCAAUUUUCAGAUUGAACGUUCAAAAUCUAAAAUGUCUUCUCCAUCAUCUGGCGGAAGUGUAGGAAAGCGGAAGCGUACUGCUACUGGGCUAUCGAGGACAUCAUCAACGCUCGAUCAAUUACAGAAUUCAUCAAGGGAUGCAUCUGGUGAAGAUGGCGAAUCUACAGCUCCGGAAACUCGAGAAACACGUAACUCGAGUCAUAAAAAGGUUCUUUCGGUCGAUUCUCAAAAUCCACCAGCCAAACGCCUUCGAUCGUCUACACAUGAUAAAGUAGCAGUUAAUGGAUCUGAUAAUGCGCGAGAUCCGGGAGAGCCAUCGGAUACAACUGAGGGUAGUACAGAUAUUGCGAACAGAGUUGGAAAGAAGGGGAGAAAAAGUAUUUCAAAAGGAGAGGAUGGAGAGCAAGAGGUGAAGAAAGAGAAAGAGGAAAAUGCACAAUCGAUGGCACCACCACCAAUUGGAAAAUUGAUGGAUCCUGUUGGAUACAAAACCAAUCCACCACCUACCGGUAGACCAGUUCGUGUUUAUGCGGAUGGUGUGUUUGAUUUAUUUCAUCUUGGGUAUGUAAUUCAAAACUACGACCUUGGUAGUAGUAGCUAAUUUAUGGCAGACAUAUGCGACAGCUCGAACAAGCUAAAAAAGCAUUCCCAGACGUUUACUUAUUGGUCGGGGUUACGGGAGACGCGGAAACACACAAGAGAAAAGGACUUACAGUUCUAUCCGGGCAAGAGCGAGCUGAGACUGUAAGACAUUGCAAGUGGGUUGAUGAGGUCGUCGAAAAUUGCCCAUGGAUUGUUACUCCGGAAUUUUUGGCAGAAAAAAGGAUCGAUUACGUCGCGCAUGACGAUCUCCCAUACGGAGCAGAUGAAGGAGAUGAUAUUUACAAGCCAAUCAAGGAACAAGGUAAAUUUUUGGUUACACAGAGAACCGAGGGUGUUAGCACAACUGGUAUCAUUACAAAGUAUGUUUCUGAACUUUUACUUCCUCAAUCAUUGCUAAUCAUCAUCCAGAAUCGUUCGUGACUAUGAAAAAUAUAUUGCGCGUCAAUUCAAGCGAGGUACUACAAGACAAGAGCUUAACGUAUCAUGGCUUAAGAAGAAUGAACUUGACCUAAAGCGUCAUGUUGCAGAAAUGAGAGAAGCUAUCCGAACAAAUUGGAGUACUACUGGUCAAGAAUUGGGAAAAGAAUUGAAACAAUUCUGGCAAUCUAGCCGUCCCGGUAGUCCUGCACGUAUGCAUAGCUUUGACGGAAAUAGUACUGGAAGUCUUACAAGCCCAUCUGCUCUGCAACACCUUACACGCCGUUUGGAAAUUCCAAGAAAUGAUAAUUCAGGUCCAGGUAGUGAUUUUGCGACUGGAUAUAGUUUAGGUCUUAUUGGUGGUGUACGAUCAUGGGUAUGUUUUGUAUCUUCUCAAAGCCUACUCAAGCUAACUUUACGUUCUAGAUGACUCGAAGUCGAUAUAACAAUCGCGAUAGUUUACAAGGAAGUGAAAGUAGCGAAGAAGAAAGUGAGGAAAGGUUAUCACCGAGAAGUAAAAGUGGAAAGGAAAACUUUAAACCUGAUGAGAAUGAGGUUGAUGAAGAACAAGUCGAUGCACAAAUUGAUGCUGCUAUGGCGGAAAAUGCUAAGAAAUCUGGACAGUAAAUGAGGAAUACUCUAUUUGGGUUCUUAAUUUAUGAUGGGUUUUUGGGUGGCAGGGUUACAUGACUUCAAUAUCAAAGUCUGUCCUCCUUGUUUAUGUUCGAACUUAUACUUCGUAUAUCUAUUGCGUUGUUGUACUACAUACAUAUCUAUUUGCGCUUUAGCUAUUCUGUAUUAUUUCUAGACUUAAUGGAAAAAGGGCGAAGGGUAAAAUGGAAUUGUAAUGAACUGGAUUUUGGAUAGACAAAAAACUCAAUA